AUGACAAACGAACGUGUACGGACUGAAAACUUACAAAUUGCUAAAAUUCUUUUUGAUUUUGUUAAUCAAGAAGUUCUACCAGAUACGAAUAUUAAUCAAGAUACCUUCUGGUCUGGUGUUGAAUCAAUAAUUACUGAAUUAUCACCAGAAAAUCGUAGACUUUUACAAAAACGAGAUUCUUUACAAGCUAAAAUUGAUGAAUGGCAUCGUACUCAUCAAGGAAAACAUACAGAUCUUGCUGCCUAUAAAGCAUUUUUAUUUGAUAUUGGUUAUUUAUUACCACGAAAUAAUGAUGAAAAUUUUCAAAUUAAUACGACAAAUAUUGAUGAUGAAAUUGCUAUUCAAGCUGCACCACAACUUGUUGUUCCACUAAUGAAUACUCGAUUUGUACUGAAUGCAACAAAUGCUCGAUGGGGUUCAUUAUAUGAUGCUUUAUAUAGUACUGAUGUUAUAUCAGAAAGUGAUGGUUGUGAAAGAACAAAGGAAUAUAAUAAAAAACGAGCUGAAAAAGUAAUUGCAUUUACAAGACAGUUUCUCGAUCAAUCUAUUCCAUUGGCUAAUAAUUUCUCACAUGUUGAUGCUAUGAAAUAUGGUAUUGAGAGUGGUGAACUUAAAAUUACUUUACAAAAUGGAACUAUUACUCAACUUCAAUCACCUGAUCAAUUUGUUGGCUAUCAAGGUGAAGUACAUAUGCCUGUUGCUAUUGUUUUUGAACAUCAUGGUCUUCAUAUUGAAAUACAAUUUGAUCAAAAUAAUUGUCGAAAUGAUAUUGCAGGAAUUAAAGAUGUUUUAAUUGAAUCAGCAUUAACAACUAUUAUUGAUUGUGAAGAUUCAGUUGCAGCAGUUGAUGUUUAUGAUAAAGUACAAUUAUAUCGAAAUUGGCUUGGUUUAAUGAAAGGUAAUUUAGAAGUUCAAUUUAUGAAAGGAAAAAGACCAAUAAUUCGAAAGUUAAAUUCCGAUCAAAUUUAUAUUUCAAAAACUGGUCAUGAAUUAUGUUUAUCUGGUCGAUCUCUUCUUUUUAUUCGUCAUGUUGGUCAUUUAUUGUAUACUGAUGCUAUUUUAACUAAAAAUAAUGAAGAAGUUCCUGAAGGAAUUCUUGAUGCUCUUAUGACAACUUUAAUUGCUUUACAUGAUCUUAAUAAAAAAGGAAAAGAAAAGAUUAAAAAUAGUCGUAAAGGUUCAAUUUAUGUUGUUAAACCAAAACAACAUGGUCCAGAAGAAAUUGCUUUUACUUCAUAUCUAUUUGAUCGUGUUGAAGAUCUUCUUCAAUUACCUCGAUAUACACUUAAAAUAGGGGUUAUGGAUGAAGAACGUCGUACAACAGUUAAUCUUCCUGCAUGUCUUAAAGAAGUUAAAGAUCGACUUGUUUUUAUUAAUACAGGAUUUCUUGAUCGAACUGGUGAUGAAAUUCAUACAUCAAUGGAAGCUGGUCCUUUAGUACGUAAAGAUCAAAUGAAAGAAGCAAAAUGGUUAAUUGCUUAUGAAAAGAAUAAUGUUGAAGUAGGAUUAAAAUGUGGUCUAUCAGGAAAAGCACAAAUUGGCAAAGGAAUGUGGGCUAUGCCGGAUAUGAUGGCAUCAAUGAUUCAAGAGAAAAUUACUCAUCUCCAAGCAGGAGCAACAUGUGCAUGGGUACCGUCACCAACAGCUGCUACUCUUCAUGCUUUACAUUAUCAUCAAAUUGAUGUUUUUGCUCGUCAAAUUGAAUUAACUUCUUCAUCUACAUUAUCAAAUGACUAUUUAGAUGAUUUAUUAACAAUUCCGAUUCUUACUACGACUUUAACAUCUGAAGAAAUUCAACAUGAAUUAGAUAAUAAUGCACAAAGUAUACUUGGUUAUGUUGUUCGUUGGAUUGAUCAAGGUAUAGGUUGUUCCAAAGUACCGGAUAUAAAUGAUAUUGGAUUAAUGGAAGAUCGAGCAACAUUACGAAUUUCAAGUCAACUUAUGGCUAAUUGGUUACGACAUGGAAUUAUUACAAAACAACAGGUGAUACAAACACUUCAACGAAUGGCUCAAGUUGUAGAUCGACAAAAUGUAGACUUUUUAGAAUAUCGACCAAUGGCACCUAAUUUUGAUCAGAAUAUUGCUUUUCAAGCUGCACUUGAACUUAUAAUUGAUGGUGAUAAACAACCGAAUGGAUAUACUGAACUUAUUUUACAUCGCCGACGACGAGAAUUCAAAGCUCAACAGCAAUAA